AUGGCAUCCCCGAGGAGCAGUUCCACUAUCGACAGAGACCCCUUCAUUCCCGAUGCAAAAGCGGACGAUAUGUUGAUACUCGUUAUGGGACCAACGGGUGUCGGGAAAAGCACUUUCAUCCAGCGAUAUACCAAGAACCAGGCUUGUACGAUCGGAAACAGCCUCGUAUCGUGCACCCAGAGCGUCACAUGCUAUGAGGCGACUGUCCCUUCCGAGUUCGAAGAUCUGACAAAGAGGCGCUUGUUCCUGGUGGAUACGCCUGGAUUCGACGACACUUAUCAAGACGAUUCGGCAAUCUUGAAACGCGUCUCGGACUGGUUGGCCAAAUCGUACAAGACCCAGAUGCGCGUAACUGGUAUCGUAUAUGUCAACGAUAUCAGCCAGAAGCGGAUGUUUGGGUCUACUAGGACGAACUACAACAUGUUCAAGAAGUUGUGCGGUCACAAGUCUUUCAAGCGACUGGUGAUGGCUACUUCUCAGUGGGACCUCGUCGAAUCAAAGAGCGGGGAGAAGCGCGAGGAUGAGAUGAAGAAGGAGUUCUGGAAAGAUGUGCUGAAGGAAGGGGCCGUCAUCAGGCGCAUCAUGUACGAGGGAGAGGACUUGAAGGAUGAAUCUAAGGGUAUCAUCACUUACCUACUAGACGAAGAGCAGCGACACGAUCGCAACAGAAGGCUUAAGACCGAGGCGUUGCGGAUUCAGACAGAGGUCGUGGAUUUGCAGAAAAGGAUACCCGCAACCAAGGCCGGGAGGGAGCUGAGGACGACUUUGGAAGGCCUGUUGCAAAUGCAGAAAGAGAUGGAAGUGGAAGAGAUGGAUUCAGGCCGCGUUGAGGAUCUGAAGAAGAAGAAGGAAGACCUGCAACGGCAAGUCGACACCUUGCAGCUCACUCUGUCUGAGCGCAUAAAGGGUUGGCUCAGGCUUUAG